AUGCAACGAAGGUUGGCGUUUGUUAUUUUGGGGCUUCUCAUAGGCCCAGCAGCAGCUGCAGUUACCCCUUUCUUGGCGAGAGAGGCUGAUGCUAUGCGCGAGUUCUUUUAUGUGGGUGGGAGCUAUUUGGAGACAGAGAAUGGGCAUCUAUUUGCAAACCAAAUGUAUGUGGAGAAGUUGACGCCACUGAAGCUACGUCAGCCAUAUCCGGUCGUUUUUAUCCAUGGGCAGGCGCAAACCGGAACAAAUUGGUUGAAUAAACCAGAUGGUGGGCGCGGUUGGGCCUCAUACUUCUUAGACCAAGGAUACACAGUUUAUAUCCUCGAUCAAACGGAACGAGCAAGGAGUCCUUGGAAUCCAACUGGAAAUACCACUCUCUCAACCUAUACAGCGGAGAUCAUUGAACAGCGUUUUACAGCUCCUGGAGCGUUCAAUCUCUGGCCUCAAGCCGCAUUGCACACUCAAUGGCCUGGAACAGGGUUAAUGGGUGAUCCGAUAUUCGAUGAAUACUACGCCUCCAAUGUACCAUUUCAGUCAAAUACAGUGGUCCAACAGACGAAAAUGCAACUAGCAGGCAGGGCGCUUCUCAACAAAACAGGUCCAGCUGUACUUAUUGCCCAUUCUCAAGGAGGCCUCAUGCCCUGGGUCGUCGCUGAUGUUGCUCCCAAUUUCGUGAAGGCAAUUAUAAGCAUCGAACCUACCGGCCCACCAUUCGUCGAGGCCAUUUUCUCAUCUACCAAAGCACGUCCGUGGGGUCUCACAGAUAUCCCACUAACCUACUACCCUCCGCCCACGAAUUCUACAGCUCCGCUAGAAACUCAAGAGGUUGUCAACAAUUCUUCUGGUUUAGCCACUUGUAUUAUUCAAGCUUCGCCGGCGAGACAAUUGGUCAAUUUGAAGAAUAUUCCGGUCCUGUUAGAGACUAGUGAGGCGAGCUAUCAUGCAUUAUAUGAUGGUUGCACAUAUCAAUUUUUGGAACAAGCUGGAGUACAUGUUGAGUGGCUGAAACUGGCUGAGGCUGGGAUCCAUGGGAAUGGCCAUUUGCAGUUCAUGGAGAAGAACAGCAAUAUCAUCGCUGCGGUUCUGGAGGCGUGGGUUAAGAAGAACGUCAGUUAG